CUUUACAUCCAAAAGCAAUAUGAAGACUCAUUCAUUGGUUCACACAGGAGAGAGACCUUACAAGUGCAGUACAUGUGGACAAUCCUUUACAUCCAAAGGAUAUAUGAAGAGACAUUCAUUGGUUCACACAGGAGAGACACCUUAUAAGUGCAGUACAUGUGGAAAAUCCUUUACAUCCAAAAUCGAUAUGAAGAAACAUUCAUUGGUUCAUACAGGAGAGAAACCUUUUAAGUGCAGUACAUGUGAAAAAUCCUUUACAUCCAAAAGCAAUAUGAAGACUCAUUCAUUGUUUCACACAGGAGAGACACCUUUUAAGUGCAGUACAUGUGGGAAAUCCUUUACAUCCAAAAGCAAUAUGAAAAGACAUUCAUUGGUUCACACAGGAGAGACACCUUAUAAGUGCAGUACAUGUGGAAAAUCCUUUACAUCCAAAAGCAAUGUGAAGACUCAUUCAUUAGUUCACACAGGAGAAACACCUUAUAAGUGCAGUACAUGUGGAAAAUCCUUUACAUCCAAAGGAUAUAUGAAGACUCAUUCAUUCGUUCACACAGGAGAGACACCUUAUAAUUGCAGUACUUGUGGGAAAUCCUUUACAUCCAAAAGCAAUAUGAAGAAACAUUCAUUAGUUCACACAGGAGAAAAACCUUAUAAGUGCAGUACAUGUGGGAAAUCCUUUACAUUCAUAAGCAAUAUGAAGACUCAUUCAUUGGUUCACACAAGAGAGACACCUUAUAAUUGCAGCACUUGUGGGAAAUCCUUUACAUCCAAAAGCAGUAUGAAGACUCAUUUAUUGGUUCACACAGGGGAGACACCUUACAUGUGCAUUACAUGUGGAAAAUCCUUUAAAUCCAAAGGAUAUAUGAAAAGUCAUUCAUUGGUUCACACAGGGGAGACACCUUAUAAGUGCAGUACAUGUGGAAAAUCCUUUACAUCCAAAAGCAAUAUGAAGACUCAUUCAUUGGUUCAUACAGGAGAGACACUAUAUAAGUAGUUACAUGUGGGAAAUCCUUAACAUCCAAAAGCAAUACAAAGAAACAUUAAUUGGUUCACCCAGAAGAGACACCUCAUAAUUGCAGUACUUGUGGGAAAUCCUUUACAUCCAAAAUCAAUAUGA